CGCGUGUUUUCGCGUGCCAGCGGGAAAUUAAACGACACGUCGAUUACUCAUCGUUCCAACGACCAAGAAUUCGUCCCGACAGCUUCGUUCCGAAUGUAACCUAGAAUUCCGCCGAUACUCUCCGUUUAGUUGUCGAGUGUGAAAGAAAAACGAAGAAGAGAACAGAGGAGAAUUAAAGGUGACGUGUGUGAGACCACCACCAGUUGGCAGAACGAUGUCGACUCGAACGAAAAACGCAGACCGAUCGUGCGAUACGGGCAUUAGCUUGCGACCUUCUGUCGCAGUUUGUGCGUCGCGUCAUCGACUAUUUGUGUGUCUAAAAAGACGUAGCAGAUUCUGAGAGCGCGACGAGGGAGAAAGAGAGAGAGAGAGAGAGAGGAGAAAAGAAAGAGGAAGAGACGGAAGAGGAGAAACGCCAUUCGCGAGUGUGUUUGUCUCGGCUCGAGAGAUCGAGCAGACUGAAUAAUUCGGUCGACUUCUGAGCGAGUUCGAUGCGAGGAAUGCCCGCGGGAUGAAGGCAAAGCUGUCACGAAAAGAAUUGGACGAUCUCUUCAGCGAGGGUGCUAGAUUCCGGGAUACCUCGCAGCAAAUCCACAAGCAAUGGCAGGCAGAUCCGGCACGAGCGUUUCCAACAGUUGGCACCGUCACCACCGGCUCAGUCUCUCCCACGUCGGGCGAAAUUUCAACCCCGAAUUCGACGCCCAGUCCGAGCCCUAGUCCCACCAACAGUCAACAAGUCUCGCAUAAUGGGGGUUACGAGGCGCAGCCGAAAAAUGUCACCACCAUUUCGAGGAGCAAGCAACAGCAGCAGAUACAGACGUCCUCGUCGGCGACGACACCCGCGAGGACGCCGGGCGUCGGCGCGGACGCGACGACGACAGGAUCCGGAAAGGGCGGAGGUCGCGUCACAGAAGUAAUGGAGUUUUGUUACGUCACCGAGAGGAUCAUUGCACUGUGGUACAAGGAGGAUGCGCAGGGAGUCCUUGAACAUGCUACCUCGCUACUACGAGGAAAACACGCUGAUAAUUAUAUGAUAUUCAACCUGUCGUCGCCCGGUCGUUCAGGCGAGCCGAACACCCGAGAAGCAGGCUGGCCACAGGGGCUGGCACCCAGUUUGGAGCGGCUGUGCGCCCUAUGCAAGGAGCUGGACUCCUGGCUGAACGGUGCUCCGAAUCGUGUGGUCGUUCUCCAUGCCAGGGGAAGCAAAGAACGUCUGGGUGUGGCUGUGUCCGCGUACAUGAAUUACAGCAGCAUCUGCGGUGGACGUGAUCAAGCGUUGGACAGGUUCGCCAUGAGGAGAUUCCUCGACGACAAGAUUGGAUCCCUGCAGGUUCCGUCGCAUCGAAGGUACAUCAAGUAUUUCAGCGGUUUGCUCUCAUGCGCUUUACGAAUCAGCCAAUCUCCCCUCUACUUAACGCACCUCACGGUCCUCGGUGUUCCUCUGUUCGAACCAACCGGAUGUCGAGCGUUCCUCAAGGUCUACGAAGGCCUAACCCCCGUCUACACCUCGGAUCUGUACUCUGUAACGAAUGCCCGCGAGUUCACGGUGAAUCUCGGUGGUCUUCGUCUAAGGGGAGACAUUCUGGUGAAAUGUUACCACAGGGUGUACUCGAAGCAAAGCAGAGAAGUCAUGUUCUCCCUGCAGUUCCACACUUGCGUGAUCACCGAGAACGUGGUAUCUUUUCCUCGUUCGGAGCUCGACGUCGCCUGUGACGAUCCUCGAUGCCCACCGGAUAGCGUGGUGACUUUGUACUUCGCCACGGACGCCAAGCGUCAAGAUGGACCCAUACCGGCGCCGACGCCGGCCGUUCCUCACGCCUCUGCUCACCACGACCCAAUACUGCACUGGGACAGUUACACGAAUCUCGAAAUCAGCGACGACGAAGGACGGGAAACUCCAUUAUCACCGCCACCACCUUCGAGUUCCUCCGUUCAAACGUCACCUCGCGGAUUGGGUUACACCUGCGGUCCCAUAGAUGGAUCUCUGUACGCUGUGGUACACCAGGGUGCUGCCGGUGGUGCCCGUGGCUCACCAUUGACAGUUUCCAUGGACAGCGGCAUCAGCAGUGCUCCACCACAGCGACCUAGUCCACCGGAGGCAGAGCCAGACAAUCAGGCUCAUGGUGAUCUUGAUAAGCUUCUUCAUGAUAUGAUGCUUACCGUCGAGUCGAUGCCAGAUCCUCCUUCAGAGGACUACAGAACGGACAGGAGCGAGAAGAUGUACAUUCAGGAGAGUCGAAGCUACAGCAGCCACGCGAGCAGCCACUCUCCGUCCACCUACUCCACCCUGAAGGAUUCCUACAGAAGUUACGGCGCGGGUAAAGAGUCCAGUCCGCCGUACAACUCGAGCAGCAGUUACAGCACCCUGAAGAACGAGUAUCGGGAACCGGCUAAAAUUGAACAUCGCCGAGAGGAGUUCGAGUAUCGUAUGUCGCCGGAUCGAAAAAUUUCCGAUUCCUCUACGGACUCGUACAGGAAACACGCUGACUCGUUCUCCCCGCCUGGCAAUAUCGAUUAUAUCGACGAGGACAUCCCGUAUCACGCUAGACAGACAAGUCAACCGUUCUCGUACGGCGCCACGUCGGACAUGAUCAAACAUCAGAAGCUCUCGUCGCCUUCGUUGGUACGAAAAGCGUCUGUACGUGGUGCAGCGCCUGUGGUGGACUUUGAGGACAUCCUCGGGGAGAACUCGAGGAGACCUAUCAGCCCUUUGAGUCCCAAUACUCCCGAUCCACCGCCGGAAUUUGCUAAUGGACCAGCUAAGACCAGUUCGGAUCACGUGGAUGGAUUAUCAUGGCUGAGGCAGCAGCAAUUGAAACUUGCCGCGAGGAGGGAUGAAAGAAACCCGGGGAAACUUUGGCGGCAGGAGACCGGAAAUCGAGUGAUCGGUGAACUGAGAAGCCUACAGAGAGGUAGAUUGAGGCACGAUGGUUAUGCCAGCGAUUCCGCGGUUCUGGACGAUGAUGAUGACACGUGGGCCACCAAUACCACUUCCGGACAGAUGCAAACGAGACAAGCUCCCUACACAUCCGCGCCAGCGAGUCCUCUGCUGCCGCAAAGAUCGAGCAGCCGGAAGUACAAUGGUACCGUCGGAACCGGUACCCUAGGAAGACCACGGGCAGAGAGCGUGAACGAACGUCCCUUCAUGUCCAUGAAACGAGCGUACGAAUAUCGAAAGUACAGCGACAGCCAGAGCCCUCCGACAUCCCCCCGCUCAGGCUUAGCAAGCACGCAACCCUUAGGAUUAGCAAUGCAGCAACAAGCGACGUUCAUUAACACGGACAAGACUCAACCGCCACGUCCCGAGUCUCGUAGCGAUAGUUUCGCACGUGCGGACGCGUUGUUGCGUGAACACCGACAGCAGCAACAGCAAUUGGCCGGCAGCAAUGUCCUCGGCAAUCACACGGAUCAGAAACAGGAUUUCAUCACGUCUACGACUCGUAAUUCUCGUCCAGAAUCGCGAAAUCGUGUCGUUACUUAUCAGACGCUCAAUAGAACCACGUUGAACAGCAACAACAGGAGCAUCGACCACGUGGACGCUGGAUUGCUGGCAAUGGUCGAUCAGCAAUCGAACACGCAGAAUAAUACAGACCCUCUCGUGAGCCUCAUUCAAUCACUGGCUGAAAUUUCACCCGUUCGAUCGCCCCAAUCUGUGACUAACAACAAGACAGACAUGAACGAUCAUCCUACGAGUGUCAGCACAGCAACCACGACAACUGCGAGCAGCAACGUUGCUAACGCCAUCACUAAUUGCUCCCCUAACCAGUCGCCCAAAGCAUGGCAGAAUUGCACCCAGUCGCACAAUGACUCUGGGUCAUCGUGGACCGAGAGGAGCAUCAGCCCCGGAAGUGUAGCGGUGAGCAGCGCGUCGAGGCCGCAAACCCCAGCGUUUCCGGUGCAUCCUCGAACACCAUACGUGAACAAUUCCUCGCCAACGGUAACGUUCGCGGCUGAUCGAUCUUACAGCACGUCCAACACCAGCUACAACGUGAACAACAACAACAACAACAACAAUUUGAACAACGUCGAGGCAACCGGGAACAACAACAACGUCGGGAAUUACGCCGACGAACGAACGAUCUACAUCGAAGAACGAAGAGAAGUCUCGAAGGAGACGGGACUUCCACCCAAGAGUCCGACAACACAGAGCAAGGACCGAUCUGUUUCUCCGAUAAACGAGUCGACGAUGCAGCAGUCGCAAGCAAUCUCUCGCAGCCCCGGCACUCCGACGCACAUCGAGUUCUCCCAAAGUCCUAAGAGCGCCACGUCGUAUACUUCAAUAAACAGCGGUGGUCAGUCGUCUCCUCAAGUCCAGUAUUACGGUUCGAGACGGUCGAGCGUUCACUCGAACACAGAGCCGCAGGAAGUGGCCGAUGCAAAUGUGAAAUUUGUGCGUGACACCAGCAGGAUCUGGUACAAGCCAAACAUAUCCCGGGAGCAAGCAAUCUCGAUGCUGAAGGAUGCAGCACCAGGAACGUUCGUCGUUCGAGACAGCAACUCCUUCCCAGGAGCCUUUGGGCUAGCGUUGAAGGUAGCAACUCCGCCUCCAGGUGCGCCAAGCAGCCCCAGAGAUCCUUCUAGCGAGCUGGUCAGGCACUUUUUGAUCGAACCCACCUCCAGAGGCGUCAGAUUGAAGGGUUGCGCGAACGAGCCAGUUUUCAGCUCGCUGUCGGCCUUGGUUUACCAGCACAGCUUGAUGGCGAUGGCUCUACCUUGCCAGCUGUUGCUCCCAGAACCGGAAGCUGCAGCCAGAGCCCUCGAUUCACCUGGAACGAACAGCGCGCAGCAAUUGCUCGCACAGGGUGCAGCCUGCAACGUUUUAUAUCUCUUCACCAUGGACACGGAGUCACUGACGGGUCCUCAGGCCAUCAAGAAGGCAGUCACGACCAUGUUCGAACAGAAGCCACUGCCUACCGCGACUAUAGUUCAUUUCAAAGUGUCCACGCAGGGAAUAACGCUGACAGAUAACGCGAGGAAGCUAUUCUUCCGCAGACAUUAUCCCACGAAUAAUAUCAGUUACUGUGGCCUGGACACAGAGGAACGAACAUGGGACUUCACUAGCGAGGACACAGGACGACCAGUCAGUGCACAUCGAUGCUUCGGAUUCGUGGCCCGAAAACCCGCCCACAAAUCGGACAAUCAGUGUCACGUGUUCGCUGAACUGGAGCCAGAGCAACCGGCCACCGCCAUAGUGAAUUUCGUGAACAAGGUCAUGAUGGGGAACUCCAUAGCGAAGGCGAACAUCGUCUAAUCCUCUAAUUCGUCGCGGAACGCGCGUUUCAACCAAGAAUAUCAACUUAACGGUUUCAUCUCCUAGAAGGAAAGGGAAUAAGAUUACGUUGAACAAGGGAAAAGGAGCAAGAACACACAGAGAGAUCGUGUUCGUGCGAGGAAAUAAUAAUUAUUGACUCUCUAUCUGUCUCUCGUAAAUAAAACACCUUCGUGCAUUUCGUAGAAUCGAGUCAGUAGUGCAUGGACGUUCUAAGAAAAAAAAACAAAAAAAAAAACAAAAAAACAAACAA